AUGGGAGUGUUUGUGACGAGGAAGCAGGCGACCCAUCGCAUUCCUCGGCCGGGAUCUCGGUUCUACAUCUGUUCCCUCUCCGCCUCCACCAUCGUUUACAAGGGACAGUUUUCCCCCGAUCAACUCUGGACUUACUAUCCCGACCUCCAGGUAUCACUAUGGUCUCCCGCCCUUCUGCAUAAUCCAGAGUUCGAGACGUAUUUGGCACUAGUGCACACCCGGUUCUCCACGAACACCUUCCCCUCCUGGGAGAGGGCUCAUCCCUACAGGCUCCUGGCUCACAAUGGGGAAAUCAACACGUUGAGAGGGAACGUGAAUUUGAUGAAGGCUCGAGAGGGAACGAUGAAGAGUGACCUCUAUGGGAGCAAGUUGAAGUCUCUCUAUCCUGUCGUGGAACCCGAUCUAUCGGAUUCGGGUUCUGCGGAUUGUGUCCUCGAAUGGCUUGUCAUGGUCGGACAGCGCACUUUACCCGAGGCGGUGAUGACGAUGGUGCCGGAGGCGUACCAGCGAGACAAUCUGAUGCCGGAGGAAAAGAAGGAAUUCUAUCGGUGGUCAGAAUGCACCAUGGAACCCUGGGAUGGACCCGCCCUCCUCACUUUUACCGACGGCCGAUACAUCGGCGCUAUCCUCGAUCGGAAUGGAUUGCGACCGUCUCGGUUCUACCUAACUUCUGAUAACGUAAUGGUGAUGGCUUCAGAAGUCGGCGUCUACCAAGUGCCCCACCACAAAAUCCUUCAAAAGGGGAGGCUGGAGCCUGGGCGAAUGCUCCUGGUGGACACGGAGAAGAAGGUUGUCAUCAACGACCAGGAACUCAAGCUCCAGAUUGCUUAUGGUUAUCCUCUCAAGGCCUGGCUCAAGAAUCUUGUGACACUUGGCGACCUGUACAAGGUGGACGAGAAACCGGCAGAGGAGCUGGAGGUGAAUCAUCUGGGGAUCGGGUUUCAUGGAUUGGGCGCCUUGGGCGACCCUCGACGUUGGCUCACCCCCAAUGGCAAGGACCGAAGACUUGCCUUGUUCGGCUACACCAUCGAGACCAUAAAUAUGCUCCUUGUUCCCAUGGUUCUGACCAACGUCCUCUCUUUAUUUUCAAAGGGAAGACUUUUUAAAAAGACGAAGGGGCAUUUGUUCCCUCAUCCUCUGACACCCGUAUCUGUCACCAUUAUCACUAGUGACUUUUUUGGUUCAACUAGGAAGGAGGCAUUGGGAUCGAUGGGGAACGAUGCACCGCUGGCGUGUCUCUCGGAGUACCAGCCUCUCUUGUACGACUACUUCAAGCAAUUGUUUGCCCAGGUCACCAACCCCCCAAUUGAUCCAUUUCGAGAGCAAAUUGUCAUGUCUCUCGGUUGCCCCAUCGGACCCUCUGCCAACAUUCUCAAACCCUCCGAUGAUCAGUGCAAACGUCUCUUCCUCAAAAAUCCCAUCCUCUCCAUCAAGGACCUCGAGGUCAUCAAGAGGACGAAGGUCCACGGUUGGAAGGUAAGCCUAUCUCAGUUACUCCCAGCAGAAGCGUGA